UAAAUAUCGCUAUGGCAGACACGUACUGUACUGUAGAAUGAAUACAACUGACUGUUAUAUUGUCCCUAAUGGACGUACGUCUGGCGGUGCCGUCAGAGUUACGCACGGAGGAAAGCAGCGCUGCUAUUGGAAAGUAUUUUCAGGCUUGCUGGCCGCUGACGUGCCCUCCCAUCCGCCUCACACCAUCCUGCCAGCCAGAGGUUACACCAGUCGGGAUUACGCUCGCAAAUAUGUGAUUUUGAACAAAUCCUACAGCCAGUUAGGUGUUUGAGGUUUACGCGCGGCUAUCUGCAGAAUCUCACCGCCUGGAGAUCAGAAACGUGUGCGUCCGAGCUGCUUCUGGAUCUUCAAGGUUUCCUGUGGAGGUUGUUGGACGGGACAGCGGAGCAUCGACAGAGGUUCGCAUUGCUCUACUCCCAUCCCAGCGAUGCUGCCUUGUCUGCGGAGAGUCCUGCGGCCCGCCCUCUCUCUGAGAGCCGGGACUGGGUUGGCCACAGCCGGACUGAGCAGCCACCAAGCGCCCGCCGUAGCGCGGUUCGCCUCGGAGCCUCCUCUCUCCAUGCUGGUGCAGCGGUGUAACCUGGGCACGCACCCGAUGAAGGAGCCCAUGGAGCCGCUCAACUCGCCCCGGGGAGCCAAGGAGUUUAUUUACACUCUUCAUCCGUCUGAGAGAACCUGUCUGCUGCGAGAACUGCACAGGUUCGAGUCCAUAGCCAUAGCUCAAGGGCUGCUGGAAGUUGCACCACCUACGGCAGCAGAGUUAAGAUACGUUCUGCUGCACAAUGCCAUCCCUUUCGUUGGAUUUGGGUUCCUGGACAACUGCAUCAUGAUUGUUGCUGGCACACAGAUUGAGUUAUCCAUCGGCGUGGUCCUCGGCAUUUCUACUAUGGCAGCUGCUGCCCUUGGCAACCUGGUGUCUGAUCUGGCAGGACUAGGGUUGGCGGGUUAUGUGGAGGCCUUGGCCUACCGGCUGGGAAUGCAGAUUCCUGACUUAAGCCCCAAACAGGCUGACAUGUGGCAGACCAGAGUCAGCUCUCACGCGGGCAAAGCUAUUGGCGUCGGCAUCGGCUGUAUCCUCGGCAUGUUUCCUCUAUUUUUCUUCAAGGACGAUGAUGAGAAGAAGAAGAAAGAAGCGAAGAAGGAGGCGAAGGAGGAAACGCAACCACCACCUGCUCCGACAGAGAGCAGCAAAAACUGAGACUUUCAUCUCGCUGGAAACAAAUACUAUUUGGAAUCCAUUAGAAUACUUUAAGCUGGGACUGAUUGCCCUUGUAUGGAAAUGUAAUUGAACCCGUUACAGUCUAAUCACUGGGCCCAGUCAAACUACCAAAGGUAUUCUGAAGAGGAUUUUAGAUAUUAUUUGAUUGUAGACCAUGAACUUAAGCACAGGGAUUUGGCCGUCUCUUGAAGAGACAAGAAAUGGUUGAUUCAUUGGACUGCUGCUACUCAAAAUAAUGCACCAUAACCUCACUUUGACUGACCGACAUGGGCUGAAACUAAUUUAUCUAUAACACACAGCAGUGGCCUCUUUCUCUCCUCUGUUGAAUAUAUAAACCUCUGACUCCAUAAGGUUAGGUGGCAGGUAAGGGGUGACAGUUUGAGGGCUUCCUAAAAUAUUACUAGAAACUUUAGUAUCAGUGCAAGUAAAAAAAGAGCUAAAAUAUCACACAUGGCAUUUUGGUAUUGCAGGUUUCUCAUAUAUUCAUGUAGAGGAAGACUGAAGAUAGAGGCCUGCCAGUGGCUUGAUUCAGCAGUGUUAAAAUAUUUCAGUUUUUAGGUUGAUGAGCGAAGGAAAGAGGGUCACUUUUUGCAUCAUGAACAUUAUUUCUUAAGUUUUACAAGCAUGUCUGCCUGUUGAUGAUGUCAAAGUCUUAAAACUUCCUGCCUGCCUGCACUGCAAAAAAAGAAAAGUUGGGUGAACUCAAAAUUUCAAGGCAACAAACUUCGAUAAAAUUUUAAGUUGGACAGUUAAACUAAAUAUUUUAAGUUUUGUUUUUGAGUUUGCUCAACUCUGAAUUCAGAUUUUUGUCAACUCAACUGUAAGUUGUCCUAACUUAUAAUUUUACAUUGUAAUAACUUUUAAUCCUUACUUCUGCUAACUUCUGCAAUGUGCUGAAUUGGCACGAUUGUAACGCCGCUAUGAAAUGUCAGCUAAUGUUGCGACCACAAUUUUGAGUUAGCAUUGAUACGCUAAUGGCUACUCUUGUAGCUGUAACAAGCAGCGCCGCUAGCGUCAGUUAGCCGCUAGCAUCAGUUAGCCGUUAGCUUUCGCUAAUGACCGAAUUUCACCGCUUUCCCGCAUUUCACAACAAAGAAAUAAGAGUUAGCAGAACUAUUGUCCCUUGUUGUGAACCCCAACUUAAAGAUAUAAGUAACAACAACUCACCAACUUGUUUUUGAGCAGACAACUGGCUUCAGUUUUACCAACUUAAAUCACUGUUUUAGGCCAAAAAACACAAGUUGGCUUUUUUUGCAGUGUGCCUCAUUCAAGCCUGAAAUUAUUUCCCCAUGCAACUAAACCACAUUAUCAGUUAUUUUUAGAGGGCAAUGUAUAUUCUCCCAGAUUCUCUUUGGUAUGGAUGGAUAGGUCGAACAAACAGUCAACCUAACCAAACUGUCACUGUCUCAUACCAUUAACCAAGUUUAAAACUGUUCAAAAUAAAUUUCCCUCAAAACAUAAUUGAGGAUUCACUUUAGUUGCAUGGGAACAUUCCAUGACAACCAGUCAGCUGCUUUUAGUGACAACACAGGUGGUUUAUGUGUAACAUCUGCUAGCUGCCUCAAUACUUUUUUAGAUUUUUAUGUUUUUUCAUUGGUGAUAUCUUCAUUUUACGCUGUGCGAUGCAGUAACAUGCACCCAAUGUCUCCCAUGUACACUGAAUGUAAGCAGCCAGGUAGGAGCAGGUUUUUACUUUCCUCUGAGCAGAACGGAGAGAAACACACACAAGGAGGAAGAGACAGAAGGUAGCUGUGGCAGAAAGAUAAGAAAUGCCAGCACUGAACCACCUGAGACCUCUGUCCCAGUUGCAUCGACCCUCUGGCUCCAGCGCCAUAUGAUUUAUCUCCUCGACAACCUGCAGCUCAACUUCAACACACCAGUUAUUAUAAGUUAGGGCAGCCUGGAAACACAACUAAAGCCAAGUGGAGGGUUUUUAUUGGGCUUCAUGAGACGGUUGUUGUUCCGUUUCCACUCUGAAAUAUCUGCUUUUUAAUACUAUAACACAACACAUUUUGCCCAAGACCUAUAGAUAGAUUAUAUUGUCUCUGCUCUACUGCCCUCUGCUGGCUAAAAUUCAGAGAAAGUUUCUUUCAGUUUAAUUUAGUUAAACCUCAUACUGCUGCAUACUUGUGGUUAUAAAUCAUUUGCUUUUCCUGUUUAGUAUUCAAGCCCCUCAAUGUCUCAACUAAGUUUCCCUAGAAUUAAUCACUUUAUCAUGAUAAUUAUUGCUCUUAUUAAUCAUGAAACACGAAGGAUCUAUUUGGGAUUAUAAGACACGACCAUGCAUCCAAAUCUUCAUUCCGCUGUCAUUGAUUUACUAAUUUAUCUUUUGUAGAGUUGUGUUUGUCACUCUCACCUCAUCAGCAGAACAGAAGACUGUUGUUUAUGGCGUUGAAUCUGUUGGGAAAUGAAAAGGAAGCAGCCACGUGUCACUGAAAGGAAAAAUGUAUUUAUUUUUGUUAUAAUUGAUAUUCAUGUAUGUUCUCAAUGUAUAUUCUCAAAGGAAAAUGUUAAGAUUAGAAAAUAUUUGUCAGCACAAAAAAACCUUUGUUAGUAUUUUCAACAGGAAGGACUUUGCAACUGAUGGCUCUGUGUUACAGUCCAUAACUAAACUUACUAAACAUGCUCUGAAGACUUACCCUGUAUCAGAUUGUUCUAGUUAUUUAUUAUGUGGGUGACAGUAAUC